AUGACGUCCAUUGGAACAGGUUACGAUUUAUCUAAUAGUGUCUUCUCACCAGAUGGGAGAAAUUUCCAAGUGGAAUACGCAGUCAAGGCUGUCGAAAACGGUGCAACCUCGAUAGGUAUUAAAUGUGACGACGGUGUGGUUUUUGCCGUGGAGAAAAUUGUUACUUCCAAACUACUUGUCCCUAAGAGAAAUGUUAAGAUUCAAGGAAUUGACCGUCAUAUUGGAUGCGUGUAUUCUGGGUUAAUCCCAGAUGGGAGACAUUUUGUCAACAGGGGACGUGAAGAAGCUUCCAAUUUCAAGAAAUUAUAUUCUAAUGCUAUUCCUAUACCUGCAUUUGCAGACAGAAUUGGACAAUAUGUGCAAGCUCAUACUCUAUAUAAUAGUGUUAGACCCUUUGGUGUCACUGCCAUAUUUGGGGGUAUAGAUGAGAAUGGUCCCCAUUUGUAUAUGUUAGAACCUAGUGGGACUUAUUGGGGUUAUAAAGGUGCCGCUACAGGUAAGGGUAGACAAACGGCAAAGGCGGAAUUGGAAAAGGUAAUUGAUCAAAAUUCAGAAGGAUUCUCUGCAAGAGACGCUGUGAAGCAAGCUGCAAAGAUUAUUUAUAUGGCUCAUGAGGAUAAUAAAGAAAAGGAUUUUGAAUUGGAGAUAAGUUGGUGUUCAAAAUCUGAAACAAACGGUUUACAUAAGUUUGUGGAAGGAGAAUUGUUUGACGAAGCUGUCGAAUAUGCUAAGAAGGAAAUUGCUGGAGAUGAAGAUAGUGAUAGUGACAACGCAAUGUCUAGUGAUGACGAAGAUGCCGGCCCAGAUGUUGCAACCACCACGGAAACCCCAGCAACCGAGGGAAACGCCGAUAGAGAUGGAGACAUUGAAAUCGAGUAA